CCAGGUACAGGCAAAACGUGUUCUUCCAAAGACAGUGAAUUAAAUCUAUCAUUCGCAAUCAUGUCUCGGGACAACACAAGCAGCUUGCCAAGGAAUUGCUUAGCGAUUGCAGCUCUGGCUUUGGGCUCCUUAGCAAUAUUAUGUAAUGCAACAUGUAUAGAAAACAGAAUGAGACGGGACAGAGCACAACCGCAGCCUGAAGUCUGCAUUAAUGGAAGUGAGGAGAGACCAAUAAAUUCAACAUGGAUAACAGAAGAUUGCAUGAACUGUACAUGCACUUUAACUGGAAUAACCUGCUGCUCAGUAAGUCUGAUGCCAAUUGCUUAUGAAGAAGCUUGUAAAGUUACGUUCAAUAAAACAUCCUGCACAUAUGAUGUACGGAGAACUGAUAACGGAACUAAAGAAUGUCUUCUGGCUUAUAUGUGAGAGCUGCAGAACUAUUCUGUGCUUGGCUAGUACCUGUGAUGUGUAUUUUAACCACAUUAUUAUAAUCAUGUCCACAUUAUUGAAUGCAACAUUUUAUCCAAGUUAUACUUUAAUUUUCUUAAUAUUGCAUAUUUUUGUAUGUAAAAUACAUGUAAAGUGUUUAGUUUUGAUCUUCUGUUACUCAUUGGCUUCUUUUUUUAUUCUAAAAUAUCUUCUCAGAGGAAACUAAGACAUGAUAAUGCACUUCUUAUAUUAUGAACACAAAUUUAUAUUAAUCAGUGGUUGAUCUACACUGUUAAUCUUCCAAAUGCACAGAGGUUCAACAUUUAAAUAUAUUCUGAUGUAGUUGAUCGCCAUUGUUCUCAAACAAGAGCAUUUAAAACGACCGUCUUUAUUUGUUUGCAGUUGGGUUAAACAAAACAGUGUAACUCAUGAUACAACUAAAGUUUAAGGUUAUUGGAUAUGACCAAAUUCAAAUUAGUUAUAAACUUGCCUUUAUGGUUAAUGUAUGUUGUUGCUACAAAGAGGAUGCAGGAGAAUUUAUAUUUUAUUUUUUCUUAAUCUAUGUAUUUGCAUGAAACAAUAAAAUUAUUUAGUGAUCAUUUUAACCCCUAACGUCCAUUUAC